CAAUCAUUGCGAGGCAGAGGAGGGUGGUUUGUUGCAGCAGCGGAAGCCACGCUCCCGAGCGAGCCCCCAUCGGUGUCAGUGCAUGUCGUAGUGAUUCUGGUGUUUGGGACGUUUCCGGAGGGAUAUCACCGCUCCUUAACGCAGCAGUGUUUUUUUAAGAUGGGGACUGUAACUGCACUUAUUGGAAUUUGGAUGACCUUCUCCCUAGCUGAAGCACAUUCAAAAGCUGUUACAACAUCCUUAACUACUAAGUGGUUUUCCACACCUCUGUUACUUGAAGCAAGUGAAUUUUUAGCAGAAGAAGAUAACGAGAAAUUCUGGAAUUUUGUUGAGACUUGCCAAAACUUUCAGUCAUCUAAUCAUGAUGGUACUGAUUAUUCCUCUUACAAUGCAGUGCUGCAAGCUGCUUCCCAAAAUCUCUCACCUUUGCAGCAGAACUUGUUGAAGUUUGUUUUGUCUUUACGCUCCUAUUCAGCUACAGUUCAAGCGUUUCAACAGAUAGCCGCUGAUGAGCCUGCACCAGAACAAUGCAAUGCAUUCUUUGUUGUUCAUGGAGAGAAGACUUGUGAAGCCGACAGGCUUGGAACACUCAUACAGACUGCAUCCAAAAGGCCAAAACCUUUUAUGUUCAAAGGGGACCACAAGUACCCAGGAUCAAACUCUGAAAGUCCUAUUGUAAUCAUGUAUGCUGAGAUUGGCUCAAAGCAGUUCUCUGAAUUUCACAGACUUCUUGUAUCAAAAGCCAUUGCAGGAGAAAUCAACUACAUUCUUAGACAUUAUGUUGCUAAUCCAAAUAAGGAAAAAGUCUACCUGUCAGGCUACGGAGUAGAGUUGGCCAUUAAAAGCACAGAAUAUAAGGCUAAGGAUGAUACCCAGGUGAAAGGUACAGAUAUAAAUUCAACAGUAAUAGGUGACAGUGACCCAAUUGAUGAGGUGCAAGGAUUUCUGUUUGGAAAAUUAAGGCAAUCACAUCCCCAUUUGGAAGAAGAACUGAAAGAAUUAAGAAAGCAUCUUGUGGAAAGCACCAAUGAAAUGGCACCAUUAAAAGUGUGGCAGUUGCAAGAUUUAAGUUUCCAAACUGCUGCUCGUAUUCUGGCUGCUCCCACAAUGGAUGCUUUGACAGUCAUGAAAGAUCUGAGUCAAAAUUUUCCUACAAAGGCUAGGGCAAUAACAAAGACAGUUGUUCCUUCAGAACUGAGGUCAGAAAUUGAAGAGAACCAAAAGUACUUCAAAGGGACUUUAGGUUUACAGUUGGGAGAUUCGGCCCUAUUCAUCAAUGGACUGCAUAUAGAUCUAGAUACACAGGAUAUAUUUAGCUUAUUUGAUGUCCUGAGGAAUGAAGCUCGUGUUAUGGAAGGGCUGCAUAGUUUAGGAAUUGUUGGGCAUUCCAUGCACAAUGUGCUGAAGUUGAACAUCCAGCCUUCUGACUCUGACUAUGCUGUAGAUAUCAGAAACAGCGCAAUUUCAUGGAUCAAUAAUCUUGAAAUCGACAGCAAAUACAAUUCCUGGCCUUCCAGUGUCCAAGAACUGCUUCGUCCUACUUUCCCUGGUGUGAUCCGACAAAUAAGAAAAAACUUCCAUAAUUUUGUGCUUCUCCUAAAUCCAUCCCAUGAGAGUUCAGCAGAAUUGCUGGGUGUGGCUGAAAUGUUCCUGUCUAACCAUAUACCACUGAGGGUUGGCCUGGUCUUUGUAGUUGAUAAUUCUGAAGACGUUGAUGGUUUACAAGAUGCUGGAGUUGCUCUCCUUCGAGCAUAUAAUUAUGUGGCACAGGAAGUAGAUACGAAUUAUGCAUUUCAGACAAUUAUAUCUAUGUAUAAUAAAGUGAAUGCAGGAGAAAAAUUGAAGGUGGAACAUGUGAUUAGUGUUCUUGAAAAACAGUAUCCCUAUGUAGAAGUAAACAGCAUCUUAGGAAUUGAUUCUGCCUACGAUCAAAAUAGGAAGGAAGGAUAUACUUACUAUGAACAGACUGGGGUUGGUCCUCUACCCAUUGUACUUUUUAACGGAAUGCCACUUCAAAAAGAACAACUGGAUCCAGAUGAAUUAGAAACAGUAACUAUGCAUAAAAUCUUAGAAACCACUAGCUAUUUCCAAAGAGCUGUGUACCUGGGUGAAUUGUCCAAUGAUCAGGAUGUAGUUGAAUAUAUCAUGACCCAACCCAAUGUUGUUCCAAGAAUCAACUCUCGGAUAUUGAUGUCUGACAGAGAUUAUCUAGAUUUAACUGCAAAUAAUAAUUUCUACGUGGAUGAUUAUGCUAGAUUUAGUACCUUGGAUUCCAAGGACAAGACAGCUGCUAUAGCCAACAGCAUGACUUACCUAACCAAAAAAGGAAUGUCCUCCAAGGAAAUUUAUGAUGAUACUUUUGUCAGGCCAGUGACAUUUUGGAUUGUUGGAGAUUUUGAUAAACCAUCAGGAAGACAACUGUUAUAUGAUGCUAUCAAACACCAAAAAUCCAGUAAUUUUAUCCGGAUUGGUGUGAUUAACAAUCCCAGUGAAGAUCCAGCAGCUAAAAACACAAUCAUUGCCAGGGCAAUAUGGGCAGCCUUGCAGACACAGGGAUCAAACAAUGCCAAAAACUUUAUCACAAAAUUACUUAAAGAGGAAAAUGCGAAGAUGCUGGAGGCUGGAACAGAUAUCACCGAAUUUGCUGUUGGAGGUAUGGAAAUCAGUACAUUUAAAGCGGCCUUCGAAGCUCCUGAAGUGGGUUUUAUUCUUUCACAUGCUGUGUACUGCAGGGAUGUUCUUAAACUGAAGAAAGGACAGAAAGCGGUGAUUAGCAAUGGAAGGAUUAUUGGUCCAUUGGAAGCUGGGGAGCUUUUUAACCAGGAUGACUUCCACUUGCUAGAAAAUAUUAUUGUAAAGACAUCUGGGCAGAAAAUAAAAUCUCAUGUACAGCAGUUAGGAGUGGAAGAAGAUCUUGCAAGUGACCUUGUCAUGAAGGUGGAUGCUCUUCUGUCUGCACAACCAAAGGGAGAGGCAAGGAUUGAAUACCAAUUUUUUGAGGACAAAUACAGUGCAAUUAAGUUGAGACCAAAAGAGGGAGAAAUAUAUUUUGAUGUUGUGGCUAUUGUUGAUCCCGCCACUAGAGAAGCACAAAGACUUGCUCCAUUGCUUAUGGUAUUGAACAAACUCAUAAAUAUGAACCUCAGAGUUUUUAUGAACUGUCAAUCCAAACUCUCUGACAUGCCUCUGAAAAGCUUUUAUCGCUACGUUCUGGAGCCAGAAAUUACUUUUACAGCAGAAAAACACCUUAUACCUGGACCAGUUGCCAAAUUCCUGGAUAUGCCUCAAUCACCAUUAUUUACUCUGAAUCUAAAUACUCCAGAGAGCUGGAUGGUGGAGUCAGUAAGAGCAUCAUAUGAUCUUGACAACAUUUAUUUGGAGGAGGUGGAGAGUGUAGUGGCAGCCGAGUACGAAUUAGAACACCUCCUUUUGGAAGGGCACUGCUAUGAUAUCACUACAGGGCAACCUCCCAGAGGUCUUCAGUUCACUCUUGGAACAUCAACAAAUCCUGUUAUUGUUGACACCAUUGUCAUGGCCAAUUUAGGAUAUUUUCAGUUAAAAGCCAAUCCUGGUGCCUGGUUUCUGAGGCUCAGAAAUGGAAGGUCUGAUGAUAUUUACAAAAUUUACAGUCAUGAUGAGACAGAUUCUCCUCCAGACGCCAGUGAUGUUGUCGUUGUUAUCAACAAUUUUAAAAGCAAAAUUAUUAAAGUGAAGGUUCAAAAGAAGCCAGAUAUGCUAAAUGAAGAUUUACUUAGUGAUGGUACUAAUGAAAAUGAGUCUGGAUUUUGGGAAUCUCUGAAAUGGGGAUUUACAGGAGGCCAGAAGAAAGAAGAAGUGAAACAGGAUAAGGAAGAUGUGAUCAACAUAUUUUCAGUGGCAUCAGGGCAUCUCUAUGAGAGAUUUCUUCGCAUAAUGAUGCUAUCCGUGCUGAAACACACAGAAACUCCAGUGAAGUUCUGGUUUCUGAAGAAUUAUUUAUCACCCACAGUUAAGGAAUUCAUCCCAUAUAUGGCUAAAAAGUACAAUUUCCAGUAUGAGUUUGUCCAGUACAAGUGGCCACGCUGGCUUCACCAGCAAACAGAGAAGCAACGUAUUAUCUGGGGUUACAAAAUUCUUUUUCUGGAUGUGCUUUUCCCCCUCGCUGUUGAUAAAUUCCUUUUUGUGGAUGCUGAUCAGAUUGUGCGUACAGACCUAAAGGAUUUAAGAGAUUUCAACUUGGAUGGAGCACCAUAUGGUUAUACACCUUUCUGUGAAAGCCGCAGAGAGAUGGAUGGCUACCGAUUUUGGAAGUCAGGAUACUGGGCAAGCCACUUGGCUGGAAGAAAAUAUCAUAUUAGUGCUCUUUAUGUUGUAGACCUUAAAAAGUUCAGAAAGAUAGCUGCUGGAGAUCGACUCAGGGGACAGUAUCAAGGACUUAGCCAGGAUCCAAAUAGCCUCUCCAAUCUCGAUCAAGAUUUGCCCAAUAACAUGAUCCAUCAGGUCCCCAUUAAAUCACUACCACAGGAAUGGCUUUGGUGUGAAACGUGGUGUGAUGAUGCUUCAAAGAAGAGAGCAAAGACUAUUGAUCUGUGUAAUAAUCCAAUGACAAAAGAACCCAAGCUGCAGGCAGCAAUGAGGAUUGUCCCUGAAUGGCAGGAUUACGAUCAAGAAAUUAAACAGUUAUAUAAUCAAUUCCAUCAAGAGAAGGAAUCGGGAAUAUUAAUUACAACAAAUGAAACUGAAUCCCAAAGUCAGAAAGACACGCUACUGCAUGGGGAAUUAUGAUCAUGGUGACAUACCGAGUGAGACUAUUUCAUAGACAACUUUUCUAUCAAAUACUAGUUUUUCUUAAUACACUUGCAAAACUGCUGAGUAAAAUGGAAGGUUUGGGUCAUGCAUAUUAAUUGCAAUUCAAUUGAUUCUGACAGAUUGAAUGGGAACUGGAUUAUUUGAAUUAGCUGAACUGUUUUUCUUUGCACCUGUGAGAGAUUGAAGAAUCUACAGAAGGAUAUGGAAAUUGAGUAAAAAAGAAGUGUGGUGAAAAGCCUCAUUUACCAGCUUUUGGUCAAGUCUACCACGCUAUGCCAAUCUAAGUCAAUACGUCUCUACACCUUCCUCAAGAGUCCCGAGAAAGGGUAGCUACCUUGAGGAUAAAAUAUGGAGAAUACACAGGCAUUUCCAUCAUUUCAAGAUGCUGAAGCAGAGAAUGCUCUUUCAGAUUUGCACAGGGAUUUUAAUGAUAUUUUGGACUGAUUAAUGCAGUCAGAAGUCAAAAUGAUUUCUUUUUUAUCAUAGCCUUUGUCCUAAUGAGAAAGCCACAGUUCUUUAUUUAAAUAUAUUACAUUGUGAAUAUCACCCCAGAUAACCCAUAACUGAGCAAAAAUGUCAAAAGCAAUCUACAACUUUUGAAAUAUAUAUUUGCAAAUGUGUAUUUUAAUGAAGCAGACUUUCUGUGGUACUUAACAUCUUUUUCCACUGACAACCUGAAAGGACACUUCUCUCCAAUUUAUUGAAAACUGCAAAAUUAUUAGGGCAUUAAGACUGCUGUAAUUUGUCAUUGUUCACUGAAUGUACUUUUUGUUCAUGCAAAUCUGUGGAAACGUUUUGAUUAUGUAAAUUUGAUACGUUUAUUUUUUUUCCCCCUCAAAAAAAGCGAUGUCAGGUGAAUAAAGCCUUAGAGUUCCUAUAUUUUUUUCUUUAA